AUGAGGUCUACCUUUUUGAUUCUCAUGGCCGCUGGUGCCCUCGCCGCACCUCUGAUUGUUGAGCGCCAAAGUGCUCCUCCACCACCUGAUGGUAGCAUUCCUCCACCACCACCAGACGCUGGUGCUCCUCCUCCACCACCACCCACUGGCGUUCCCAUUCCACCUCCACCUCCACCGGGUGGUGAAGUUCCCCCUCCUCCACCACCUCCAGGUGGUGGCCGAGGUGGCCGAGGUGGUGGUCGCGGAGGUCGUGGAGGUCGAGGAGGAAGAGGAGGCGCCCGAGGAGGAGGAGCAGUCGGUGGUGGUCCUCCACCACCACCACCAGUACCUGCUCCAGGUGCUCCUUUACCGCCAGCACCAGCUCCAGGUGCUCCUCUACCGCCAGCACCAGCUCCAGGUGCUCCUUUACCGCCAGCACCAGCUCCAGGUGCUCCUCCACCAGCACCAGUUCCGGGAGCUCCUCUACCACCGGCACCGGUUGAAGGUGAUCCCCUUCCACCUCCUCCCGCUCGCAACUAG